GUAAUCCAAUUCUUAUAAAGAUUCGUCAAGCUUCACCCGCAUAUAGUCCAGUUGACCACAACGUCUUCCCCCAUCAUCUUCUAUCCAGCGAAAUGAUCAUACAAUUUCGAAAACCAUCCCAUACAUCGCAUCACAUCAUCCCCCAAUACUGCCUGCCUGAAUCCAGAGGAAGUUACAUUUAAGUGAUCAGCGACCAAGAUUACGAUAAGAUUUUCGCCUACUCAGCUCGGCAGUACAUCAUAACCGUUCUCUCAGUGAAUUUCCAGUUCAACGUCAUGGAUGUCAAAACUCGCUUUCUAAUACUCUCCGACACGCACGGAGAAAAUAUACCCAAUAUACAACACAUUGACGCCGAUGUAGCCAUCCAUUGCGGCGACCUUACCGAUGAAUCUAAGAUUGACGAAUUCAGAACUACUCUUGAACUUCUCAGAAGCAUUAAUGCGCCAUUGAAGCUGGUCAUUGCAGGAAAUCACGACUUCACAACCGAUAUAUCAAUAUUUAAGAAAAGAGUUGCCGAAAACCCGGACUUACAACCGGAGGAAGUGGAGAAAUUUUACGGAGGAUUUGGUGAGGUACACCAACUUUUUGAGGAGGCACGGAGCGACGGAGUGGUUUUCUUGGAGGAAGGUACACACCGCUUCGAGUUAGGAAAUGGAGCAAAGUUAACAGUCUACGCUAGCCCCUAUACACCGUCACUAAGUGGCUGGGGCUACCAAUAUAAUCCUCAGGAAGGACAUAACUUUACUAUCGAAAAAGGCGUUGAUAUAGCAAUAACCCAUGGCCCACCCCACGGGAUAAUGGAUCUCACCGACUCGCGACUUAGGGUAGGGUGUCCCCAGCUUUUCGGUUCUGUUGCUCGGGCUCGACCAAAACUACACUGCUUUGGUCACAUCCACGAAGAGUGGGGGGCGAAGCUAGUCACCUGGAGAGAGAAUAUCAGCGAAGUACCGUCGCAUUUCACGGAUAUCGACAAUGAGAGAUCAAAAAUAAUUGGAAAACUAUCAAAUUUACACAGCACCAAGUUCGACACCCCCGAAACAGUGGAGGAAAAAUCGACGAAAAGGGCGGCUCUUAGCCACGAAGGAUAUAUCAAAACCGGCCACUGUACUGGCGAUGAGAAUCCGCUCAGGGCCGGCGAGCAGACGCUCUUCGUGAAUGCGGCAAUUCAGGGAGUUACGGAAGAAUACCCCAUGCAUGUACCCUGGUUAGUCGAACUUGAAUUACCGGGACGUUUUCAAUAGGGGUUUUACGGAAGUUAUAUUUUCAGAAGUUAGGAUUGGUGGGAAAUGCUGCUUAGAAGGAAG